GCCAGACACCUGUCGAUGUCCUCGAUCACCGAUAGAGCAUGUUUCUAAGGAUGAAGCCAGUCUCAUGGGAUAGUCAUGUUUUAUCUCCAUGACAGCAAUGUCACUCAGCCCUCUCUGCAGUGACCCCUGCACAGCAAAGGAUGCUGGAAAAUAACGAGCACUUUUAUCCCGGUCAGGAUGACAAAGAUGGGGAGGAUGAGGAGGAGGAAGAGGAGCAGGGAAGAGAAAACAGAGAAUGGGAAGAUGGACGUGACACAGAGAAUGGAGGGUUAGAGGGUCUGGAGGAGACGGAAAUGACCGGAGGAAGACAAUCCUGGGAAGGGAAAGGUGGCGAGAUGAUGAAACCAGCAGCCAUUGUGGUCAGUAGACAGAGAGCAGACCGCCCAAUGAGGCAGGGCAACCUGGGCAACCGCGGUAUCACAUACAUGACCAAUCAAGCCCUGCUGUAUCAUCCACCAGCCGGUAAGCAACAGCAUCAUGUCAUCGCGGCCAAUCCUCAGCCUCACCACGCAGGCCUGAACGCGCAGCAGAAGAGACGAGCCCAUAUGGAGCGCAGCAUGACCACAAUGGCUCCCAUGGAGGACACUUUCCUGACCAUGAUGGUGUUCCGCAUUGGGAUUCCCGACAUCAAACAAACAAGGUGUCUCCAGUUUGACCAGGAGUGCUUGGUGUGGAGCGCCAAGCAGCAGAUCGUCUGCUCCCUCACCGAGUCGUUGUGGGACGUCUACAACUACGGCCUCUUCCAGCCGGCUGGAGAUGGACGGGACGCCAAGUUCCUGGAGGAGGAGCGCGCCCUGCGGGACUACGCUCAGACCUUUGAGAAGGGGGUGCCCUACCUGGAGUUUAGGUACAAAACCAGAGUUUAUAAACAGACGAAUCUGGAUGAGAAGGCGCUCGCCAAACUCAGCACAAAGGCCAGUCUGAAGAAGUUCCUGGAUUACAUUCAGACUGGAGCAAUAGAGAAAAUGGCAAAAGUCCUCGAGAAAGGUCUUGAUCCAAAUUUUCAUGACCCUGACACUGGAGAAACCCCGCUCUCUGUGGCAAUGCAGGCGGGCAUGCCGGUGGAGGGCAUCCGGUUGCUGGUUGUGGGCGGCGCUCAUUUGGACUUCAGGUGCAGAGACGGAUUCACACCGGUGCACAAAGCUGUGAGGGCUCACAAUCACGCUGGGCUGAUGGCUCUGUUGUCCCUCGGAGCGUCUCCAAACUACAAAGACCGCUGUGGCCUGACCCCGCUGUACCACACCGUGCUGACAGGGGGCGACACCUCCUGCUGCGAGACGCUGCUGUAUUACAGAUCAAAGCUGGGGUCCAGGGAUGAGAAUGGCUGGGAUGAGUCUCAUCAGCACAGGGAUGAAGACGAGUUUGGAAUGGAAGAAAUACACAAGGCCUGCCAGAAUGGCUUUGCCCAGCACUUGGAGCAUCUGCUGUUUUAUGGGGCAGACACCUCUUCUCAAAAUGCCUCAGGGAACAGUGCGCUUCACAUUUCUGCCCUGUACAACAAGGAGAACUGUAUCCGGGUUCUGCUGUACAGGGGAGCAAAUAGGGAGGCAAAGAACAAACAUGGUCAGACCCCUUUUCAGGUAGCUAUAAUGUCAGGUCACUUUGAAGUCGCGGAAAUCAUCAAAAACCACAAAGAUUCUGACGUAGUGCCCUUUUUGGAAACGCCAAAGUAUGUCCCUAAGCGAAAAGACAGCGCCGCCACUCUGCCUCUCCCCUCACUUCACUCCCACCCCCUACUGCGCGCUAACAGCGAUAACUCCAUGACCCAGUCUGACCCUCUGGCCCUGCCCAUCAAGGCUGCGACCAAUCCCAACCCGGGACAGGUUCAACGCAGAGCCUCUAUCGGCAUGAGGAGCUCCAGCAGCCCCAGGACUCGCACUCGCUCCCCAUCCAGAGGGAGGGGGGGGCAAAGUGACACAGAGGAAAGGCAACGGCAGCCCAGAGGCAGACAGGGUGCCACCUCAGCGGGCAGUGGUGGAGGUCAGAUGAAGCGCAUGUACAGCGCCGUGCCAGGGAGGGUUUACGUGGCCACCCGUGCCCACUCCUCUGGUGGAGACAGAGAACUGUCACUUAACAAAGGCGACAGAGUAAAAGUGUUAAGUGUGGGAGAGGGGGGGUACUGGGAGGGAACAGUGAGAGGUCGCACCGGCUGGUUUCCUUCAGACUGCGUGGAAGAAGUGGCGCCUCCCAGCAAAGACAAUCGAACAGAGACGCGCAGCGAGAAAGCCAAGAGGAAGCUUUUCCGUAACGUCACCGUCGGCGCCUACGAUGGCAAUGACGGCCCCAGUGACUACAUCAUUAAGGAGAAGACAGUGCUCCUACAGAAGAAAGACAAUGAGGGUUUUGGCUUUGUGCUUAGGGGAGCCAAAGCUCAGACUCCCAUAGAGGAGUUCACUCCAACGCCAGCCUUCCCCGCACUGCAAUACCUGGAGUCUGUAGAUGAGGGGGGCGUGGCCUGGAGGGCGGGCCUUAGGAUGGGGGACUUCCUCAUCGAGGUGAACGGCCAGAAUGUGGUGAAGGUUGGUCACCGGCAGGUCGUCAACAUGAUCCGGCAGGGCGGCAACAGCCUCAUGGUGAAAGUGGUGAUGGUCGCUCGAAACCCCGAGCUGGAGGACACGGCUCGGAAGAGAGCGCCGCAGCAGACCAAGAGGCUGACUCCUCCUGCCAUCGCCCUGCGCUCCAAGUCAAUGACAUCAGAGCUGGAAGACAUGGUGGACAAAGCUGCCUCUCCGUGGAAAAAGAAAGCAGAUUACGACUCUACUCUGGGUCCUGAUAAGAAGAGGACGGUCUAUCAGAUGGCACUAAACAAACUGGACGAAAUAUUGGCUGCUGCCCAACACACUAUUACACCAGACAACCAGGGCCAGAGGGGUCAUGGAGGCAAGAGGGACAGGAGCAAGAGCAUUGUUCCCAACAGCUCCAAUGAGCAGCCAUCAGGCAGCAUGGUGCAGUCCGGACAAGGUUUCGGCUACAACCAAGCUCACUUUCAACCCGGCCACGCUCAGCACGCCGUCAUGAUGCGGCAGAAAUCUAUUGGUGUAACAGAGGAGGAGAGGCAGUAUCUCCACCCCCCUGCUAUGAAACUGGCUCGCAGCCUGUCGGUGCCGGGACCGGAGGAAAUCCCUCCCCCCCCCAACACAUCCGCCCCGGAGCCGCCCUUAUCAGCAGGCCCUCACCCUGGGAGAGGACCUGCUAUGCCCAUCCCUCCUGUAUCUCAAGCCCAUUACCAGGUCCAAUCCCAGCCAGGACAUGCUACUCAAGCAGGCUGGGAGAGGGGGGGUCCUGGUGGGGUGAACCAGCAGGGCAUGGUCCCCACCCUCCGCAGACAAGCUGAGGCACCGGAGGCAUCCAGGAGAGGAGGGGGCAAGAUGGGAGGGUUACGGAGAGGCUACAGCAGCGCCACACCACCAACAAGUGCUAAACCUAAGACUCAACAACCACCGCCGCAGCACCACCCGCACACGGCCAACAGGGAGCAGGGCGGAGCGGCCGGCAGGGGGGGGGGCAGGCGGGGUCGCGGGGCUCUGAUGAAGCAGUCGAAAGUGGAAGACGGGCUGAGGCAGCACCGAGGGAAAGGAGUCGCAGCCAAAGAGAAGAGCUCCAUCCCCAUCCCCACCAUCAUCGUCAAGGCGCCCUCCACCAGCAGCAGCGGGCGGAGCAGCCAGGGCAGCAGCGUGGAGACGGAGCCCCACCCGGAGGCAGAGGACAACACCUCAGCGGAGACAAACUCCGACAGCACCAGUCUGCCCUCACCGCUCACUCCCUUACCCCCUCAGCCCCCUAUGUCCACCCCCUCGCCUUCAUCGACCGUCGCCCCUUCGGUCUCCUCUCAUCAAAACUUGGAGGACUUGGAUUACACCUCCACAUACGGGACGGCCAUCGGAGGAGGCGGGGCUCGCAGGGAAAGGGAACGUUUCCGAGACAUGAGAAGAAAGAGCGCUUCUUUCUUCCUCUCGUCUGAGGACGACGUCCAGGGAGUGGCAGGGGGAGGAGCGGGGGAGGGAACGAGAAUUCAGCCUUUACAAGGCUCACAAAUGGACGUGCCCACCCCUCGCUUACGGCCCUCCAAGUCUAUAGAUGAGGGCAUGUUUUCCGGAGACAACUACGUCCACUAUUCCAGCAGCAUGCCCCCAGCUUUUGGCCUGCCGGAGUAUUCGUCCCCUGUCCCUAAUCAGGACGGCCAGCCCAAGUCGGCGCCCUCAAUGUACGGCAGCCAGGCCACGACUACCUUCAUCCACCCGCUUACAGGGAAAGUUCUGGACCCCUCGUCCCCACUCGGUCUGGCCCUGGCUGCGAGAGAAAGGGCCCUGAAGGACGAUCGCAGGACGCGCAGAGAGGACAGACAAUUCGGCCGGCAGAUGUCCACAGUGGGAGCGUUCCCCACCCCCGUCCAGACCCCGACUCCUUCCCUUUUUGCGACUCCUACACAAUCGUCCUACACCUCCCCAGUGUCCGUCCACCUCACCUCCCCCACCGCCACCGCCUCGCCCGCACCUAUAAGCCGGCCGCAGUCGCCGAGGAUAUUACGUUUGGGAGGGGGAGGCGGGGAGAGGAUGGAGCGGGAAAAGGAAGGAGGAUCCAGGGAGGGUCUUAGAGUUCGCUUCUCAGAGGACAGGACCAGUCAGUAUUCAACGCAGUAUUACCAACAGAGCCCCCGGGAAAGAGAAAAGGAGAUGUAUGACAGCAGACCUGCUCCGCCCAUGCAGCCUCCUCCACCUCCGGUUCAACCGGCCCCCCGCAGACCUUCAUUCCUGCAGAUGGAGGCUAACAGCAGCUACGUUCCUCAGUACACUGUCCCCACAGCCCCAUCACAGACACAUGAGGGAGAAGCAAGAGCAGGAACAAGUGGAGGUUUAGGACUGAUGGUGCUCCCUCCGCCUGCUCCUUCAAUAGACGUAGAUGACGAGUUUGUCUUUGCAGAUCCUUUGCCUCCGCCCAUACAGUUUGCUAAUGGUAAGAAGGAGAGAGGGCAGGAGUAUCCUCAGCAGCAUCAGAGUCAAUACUCUGCUGCUGCUCCACCUCUUCCUCCCCCUCUCCCGUCUAACAAGCAAUCAAACACUCCUCAGGCCGGUGACUCCGCUGCCUCCAGCCUCACCUCCUACGACAGCGAGGUGGCCAACCUCACACAGUCGGCCCCCUCUCCCUCUUACCCCUCCACACAGAUAUUUUCUCCUCCGUCAACAACAACCACCACCUCUUCUGCUGCAGCUCUCUCUGCCGCGUCGCUGCACAGACCCCAGCCCAUGUCUCAUUCUCACCCCUACUACGACCCCUCUGUGGGAGGCCAGGACAGAGGCUCGUCCGUCCUCACAUCCACCAUGACCUACGCUACCACCACCAUGACAGCCACCGCCGCCGCAGCCACCACCACCUCGCCAGCAUCCUCCGGUAUGCCCACAGUGGGAAAAACCUCCGACCACACCCAUCAUCACCCAGCUGGAGACUGGCAGGACAGCGUGGUGGAUUCUGGGAUCGAGGAGCUGGACAGUCACAGCAGCAGCGACCAUCACUUGGAGAUGCUGGGAUUGAGCGGGCUGAGAGGAGGGGAGGGGGAGAGAGGAGGAGGGGGGGAGCAUCAGGAUCCUUGCACAACCUACUCAGGCGGGCAAACAUUUGAGGUACACAGCGCCAAAAUGGCAAACCCUGUGUUUCCAAAGAUGAGUCACUACAAGGACGGAGGAGGCAGAGGCCCGGCUGUAGCGCUACGCAGGCAGAACAGCACCAACCCGGCCCCCCUGCAGCUGCAGAGACAGAGCCACCCCGAAGAAAUCCGGUUAGAGGAAGCGCUUUCCGACGAAAGGCAACACAUGGUGGGUCGAUCCAAGAUGGAGGACGGCUUCAACUCCGCUCUUGCCGCCUGCUUGGAGAGGCCGGUGGAGGCUCGGUCUCUGGGCUGGGUGGAGGUUGGGGAGCAGGGUGGAGACAUGGUGCAUAAAGGGGGUAUCUCUUCGGAGGGACGCAGACUUCACUCGCCUCUUUCGGGGGUGAAGGCGAACAUCAUGAACGAGCUGAGCUCCAAGCUGCAGCAGAUGGGCGGCAUGAAGAGCAUGGACGACUGGAGCCACUCCCCCAAGUCUCCCUCCAUGAACAGGUAUUCGGCGGAUUACACCGAUGCGUUUCACAGCCCACCCUCUGGCCGCUCCAUCUCUCCAUUACCCACCUCCUCUCCGCAGCAUCAGCGUCAGAUCCUGACCCCGAAUCUGUCCACCACGCCGUCCGUCUCCCCUUCCCCUCAAGUUCAGCGCAACUGGACCCGCUCCCCCUCUCCGCAGAUUCCCACCUCGCCGGUUCACUCUCACUCCCCCCAUUCCCCGACCUUCUGCCCGUACCCGACGUCACCGAAGCAUCGCUCCAAGAUGCGCCGGCAGACUUUUGAUUUCCAGUGUAGCCCCACGAAGGAGAUGCGGUCUUCAGUGUCACGACGACGGGCCCCCAGCCCUCUCAUCUAUAACAGUGAGCAGCCAAUGCCCGCCCCUCCCCGACCCUCCUCCCUCCCCAUCCUCCCAACUACACCUAUCUACAGUAACCCCUUUGAUUUCCCCGGACCCCUCACCCCUCCUUCGCCUCUAGGAGAUCCCUACGCCAUUUCUUCUUCUCCACUUUACUCCCCAUCCGGUGUGCCGCACUCAAACCCCCUCCUCACCUCCCGCUCUCUCUCCCCCACCCAUUUUCUCUCCGGAGCCUCCUCCCCCUUGCACUUGCCCCCCAGCCCAUCCUGCCUCAGCUAUCCCAAUCUCACCCCUCCUCCCCCAGCCAAACCCUUCGCGGUCAAGCCCCUGCCCUACUGGACCAAGUACGACGUGGCCGACUGGCUGGCUUACCUGAACCUGACCGAACACCAGGAGCGUUUUAUAGACAAUGAGAUAGAUGGAUCGCAUCUGCCUUCGCUCACCAAGGACGACUUCUUGGACCUGGGUGUGACGCGCGUGGGACACCGAAUGAACAUCGAAAGGGCGCUGAAGAAACUCACUGACAGGUGAGGGAGGACUAACAGACUCUGGAAUACGUAGAGUCAACGGAAUCAAAGAAGGAAGCGCCCCAUGGUGAAGGAAAGUCAAAGUGUCUCAUAGCUUAGCGUUAGCUGUGCCAUCCCCUUUCUACUUUAGAUACUUAGAAGUUAUCUUAUCCCCUCCCCCCUCUCUCUUUACUUACCUGUUUUAUCAACCCUAUUUAGUUUGCCCAAUCUUUAUUUCAAUUCCGCCUGUUCUUAUCCUUUGAUUUGCCCUCCUUCUCUCCCCAGACGGCUCUCCUCUCCUUUGCAUGUCCCCAGAGACACAUACUGAGAGUGUGAAGGGGUGAAUCAAAGAUGAAAUAAAAGGGAGAGACACAAAUUGACAAAGGUGGACAAUAACAGAGGAUGUGCGAGAGAAGAACAGCGGACAUCAACAGGUGUUGUUGGACUAUGUCUAAGGGCUGGAUGUGGGGGGGAGGGGGGAGAGUUUUCUUGCAAAGUUGAAACACAUUUAGAGAAUACUGUUGAAAUCUGUGGAAUUACUUUUGGUCAAGAACGGGUAUGUGAGGAAAAUCGUAUGAAAACUCUUCAACUGAAAAUAUAUUUUUAAAGGAAAGGCAUUUAAUUAACACACCAUUAUGUGCUGUGAAAGACAAACACACUGACAGAUGGAUUCUCACACCAUCUGCUGCUCGGCAAAACUUCUGUCUGUGUUCAAAGGAAAGUUGAAAAGUUGCUGCUUAAAGGGUAAACCCCGAGUCAAUGUUAUUUCUUGUGGCUGAGCCAGAAACCCUGGGAAAAGCAGUCACUUCCUCAUCAGAGAAUCAAAUGGCUGUGAGUUCAGGAGCCAAAGUCAGAAAAUCAGAUUUAUGUUUGUAAAUGAUGAUAGAAAAAAAUGGUAGACAAUUAAAGUAUUCUUUUUAUAUAUAUUUGCCAUAUUCCCCCAAAGGAUGCCCCAAUAUGCUUUGUAUGUAUGUACUUUGCGAGCACUUAAUAUAUCUUACUUGUUCAACGGGAUUAACUAUUACUAGAAACAUAUGUUUUGUACGAAGUGCCGAUCACAAUCAUUCAUUUCAAACUGGUCAGGGUAUUUAAAACUGUUGAUUUGAAGUUGUGCAUAAUGGUAUUGAGAAGACAUUGUUGUGAAGUAACCUUUUAGAGGAUGAAACAUGUGAGAGCAAUUGAAAAGUGGUUGCAUGUCAAACUGCAAAUCGUCUUUUCUCAAUCUUUACUGGUGUCUAUGGCCAUAGCAGAGGUCAAAGGGUGGACUCCUCCUCUUUGAUGCCAUAAUGUUGACCGCGCUCUCUCACUCAGCAGGUGCAGUGAUCAAAAAGGGCUUUUUACUGCUUCUCUGUCUGCCUCACCCCCCCCAACCCUCACCAUCCGUGAGACUGUGUCUGAUUUUGUGCGAGUGUUUGUCAGCUUGGUGGCCAAAUGCUUUCCCUUAACCUGCACCUCUCUCUUUAUAAAUGCCUUUUUCCAAGACAUAUUUAUAACGGUCGGAAAACUGUUUUUUUCCUCACUAGUUGACAAUCCCAAUGUUGCCCCUGUUCCACUUAUCAUUAACUCAAUUAGAAACACUGAGUGAUAACUGUAUCUGUUGCAUAGAGGGGAACGCCCUGGGUUUUUUAAACAUGCCAUGUUUAGCCAUUUUCCCUGCAGUGAAUUAAACUGUAAGGCAAAAAAAACACAUUAUUUAUAGAUCUAUAUGUAAUGAUGAUGACAAUGAUAACAUAAAAAUAUAGUAUAAUAAAGAUAAUAUUUAGUAUGUAAACAUUUUUAAGAAUCUCCGUCUUCCAAAUAGUGUGGACAAAUUCUUUGGAGUUUUAUUUAUGUUUUAUUUUUGGGAUUUCUGUGAAUGCUUUCUAUACUGCUCGCCCCGUGGUGACCCCAGUGAAGCCGACACACAUUAGCGUUUUCUCUCUGUGUGAGUUUGAAAAUUGUGACUCAAACGCGAUCUCAUGAAGGACAUUUGUGAAAGGACUGAGCAGUAGAAAGCAUUACGUCCUAUGAUUUAAAAGAGUAUUUUAGGUCUAGUGAAAUGCAUAAUGACUACAUACAGUAUGAGCAUAAGUAUGCAGAGAUAAAAAGGUAUAUAUAUAUAAAUAUAAAAAUAUAUAUAAAGUUUUGCUUUAAAUUGAAUAAAGUAUAUACUGAUAAACAAUAUGAUAGAGGUACAACUAAGGUGUUGAAA